AUGGUGAACCCGGACGGUAUUAACGUAAAGCAAACCUACUGGGAUAAGAACGCAUCUCCGCAAUCAGCUUGUCCAGGAGUGGCCCUAGACCGCAACUUUAAUAUAGCGUGGAACUCCAGCAACCAGAUAAGCUCGUGCAGUCAACUUUAUCCAGGUUUAAUGCCGUUUUCUGAAGUAGAAACGCAAGUCAUCCGAAAUAUAUUUCAUUUCUACCAUCAAAAAAUGAUUGCCUACAUCAACGUAAAAAGUGGUGGCUAUGACACAAACACAUUCAAGGGUGAUGCAGUUUUGUAUCCGAAAGGGUACACUGACGUUCAGGAUGAUGAAGAUUCUUAUUUAGACUUAAAGGGGGAAAUUGAAGAGGCUAUACGGAACGCAAGUUUUCGAAGAAUUUCUGUGACGGUUGAUACACUGCAAAGCUGGUAUGGUACCAUCAGCGGCAGUAGCGUCGAUUACGCAUCAACGAUAUACGGUGUGCCGUUUGCGUUGGAGUUCGUUAUGCAAGCUUAUGAGAAAGAAUUCAACCAAGAACUGUUUGUGUAUGAGAUUUAUUACGACUCAUUGAAUGCCAUUUGGGAAAAAAUUAUUAAUGCGGUGUUUAACAGCAUAUGGAAAAGCACUCAGCAAGCAGACAGGCGAUUG